GCUGAGCCAGGAAGAGGUGGUCAUAUGACUCCACCUGUUAAGAUACUUUGAGAGUGGAUUCUGCAGAGGAUUACGGCAUGGCGUAUGAUAUUUAAAUAAUAAUAAUACAUAAGGAGUAUUGUAUUUGGGUAUCAAGUUCCAUCGCGCUUAGUUGUGGUGAAGAUGUUUCCGCGCUGCUUGGCGUGUUUUGUCCUGGUUCUGUUCCCCAGCGCUUUGGGUCAGUACGGUCCGGAUGAAGUUUUCGAUCUUCCGGGGCUCUCCUUCAAACCCAACUUCAGGCAGUGGUCCGGGUACCUCAAGGCGAGCCCGGGAAAAUAUUUACAUUACUGGUUUGUGACAUCCCAGAGAGACCCAGGGAGUGACCCCCUUGUCUUGUGGUUGAAUGGGGGGCCAGGCUGUAGCUCGCUGGAUGGAUUCCUCUCUGAAAAUGGACCUUUCCAUGUGAAUGACGAUGGAGCCACCCUUUACCUAAACAAGUUCAGCUGGAACAAAGUUGCCAAUGUCUUGUACCUCGAGUCUCCUGCUGGGGUGGGCUACUCCUAUUCGGAUGACAAGAAUUACCAAACGAACGAUGAUGAGGUGGCUGAGAACAAUUACAAAGCCUUGCAGAGUUUCUUUGCCAAGUUUCCCAACUUCACCCAACACGACUUCUAUGUGUUUGGAGAGAGUUACGGUGGGAUUUACACUCCAACGCUGAGCCUGCAGAUCACCAGCGGCCCUGCCAAGAUCAACUUCAAGGGCUUUGCAGUUGGCAAUGGGCUAAGCAGUUACGCUCUCAAUGAUCAGUCUCUCAUCUACUUUGGAUACUACCACGGCCUCUUUGGGGAACAGCUUUGGGCUGAACUUAAUAAUAACUGCUGUAAGGAUGGGACCUGCAACUUCUACAACAACACCCAGCAGAGCUGCUCCGAGUCGGUGAGGCAGGCGUUCAGUGUGGUGUAUGGGUCGGGGCUGAAUGAGUAUGCCCUGUACCUAGAUUGUGCAGGGGGAGUGGGGCCGUACAAACGCUUCCAGAGAGACAUGGGGCUCCUCUUCCAGAAUUACAGGCUUCGCUGGGAUAAAGCACUGCCCGCAGGGGAUGGUUUGAAAUUGGUGCCUCCCUGCAUCAACAGCACGGCUCAGAACAACUGGCUGAACAGAGGGGAUGUACGGAAGGCUCUGCACAUCCCAGACACUCUCCCGGCUUGGGAUGUCUGCAGUGACGUGGUUGGGAGCCAGUACCAGAGCACUUAUACCACCAUGAUAGACUUCUAUGUGAAGCUAUUGGCCCAGGGCCUGAGGGUGCUGGUGUACAAUGGAGACACUGACAUGGCCUGCAACUUCCUGGGGGACCAGUGGUUUGUGGAGCAACUCAAGAUGAAGAAAACCACAGAGUACCAGCACUGGCUGUAUGACAAUCAAAUCGCCGGCUUCUACGAACAGUUCAGCAACCUGACAUUCCUGACUGUAAAGGGUGCAGGGCACAUGGUGCCACAGUGGGCUCCGGGGCCGGCCCUCAAGAUGUUUCAGUCUUUCCUGACCAACUCUCCAUACUGACCGCUGGCCUGUGCUGCUCUCCUGCUGCCUCCUCACCCAAUAGCUGUUAAUUACCUCUGAAUUCUCCCCUGCCCCCUGUCCUCCUCGUGCUGUCCUUGUGAAUUCUCAUCUCCACAGAUUGUACAGCAACUCCUAUUGCACUUCAGUUGGUCACAGCUUGGUUUGCAGAGUCCACACUUAAACGGGUCUCCUACCUCUUGUUUAUUCGGCAGUGGGGUUGGUUGAACUCAUGCACACGCACGCUCGCACACACUUGAGGGAGGGGGCGCACUCAGGAGUGGGCUCUGAACACCAGUACAAGACCCUGAAGUCACUCCAGAGGUUUUGCCACCUUUUCGCUGUAACAAGUGUAUUCUGCUUCUCUUUAGAUUCACCUCGUGUCACUUUGUUUCAGUCAACACAUCCUGGUGACUUUUUUUUAAUACCUAGAGUAAAGCACACCUGUGACCUGUAGCUCUCAGAAUCACUUCUAACCUCCAAGUACACUAGAGUGGAACCAUUAUCCUGCCCCUGCAACACUGCUCCCAGUGCAUGGAAGAAAUAUCACAUUUGUUCUAUGCAGUAUUUUUCUUACUGAUGUCUUUCUUGCAGCUAGUAUUCCAGAUAUAUCUUUAUAUACUUUAACUGAACUAGUUUCUAAACUGCACUCUCAGGGGAAUAUAUAUCUUUUAAUUCUAAUGAAUCAUGAUGAUUUAUGUGGGUGUGUGUUCUAUUUUAGAGAGCUGUGUUUUAUUCCUACAGUCAAAUUUGGAUGUGGGAUUAUGUGGACACAGUCCUCUCACAAUGCAUUGGACACAGAUAUCGGGUUAUGAAAAAUCAGGAAUGAUUGCUUUGUAUUUUGUUUAUUAAUAAAGUUUUUUUUUUUUUUU